AUGCCUCGUUUGCUUGCAUUCAGCUAUCUGCUUGAACUUGUGCAUGAGUUUAUCGAAAAUACCAAAAACAACGAAAAACAAUGGCGUGAAGCCUCACGACCUUAUUCACUUAUUCGCCUAGAGCCCAUUAUACAGUCUAUUAAAGCACGAUACCGUAAUCCAAGAGCACUGCAAAGUAGAACGGAUCUGGUAGAUUUGUCAAUGCGUGUUCGAGCCAUCCCAACAAUCAGCACGGCUAAUCUUUUUCCUACUGAAUUUGCAGCUGCAUCUCGAAUGACUCUUCAACGAGUUGCUGGAAAUGUAUCCAAUGCAGCAGAACAAUUUUCAACCGGCCACGGAUACUCUGAAAACACUCGGUCGUGGCGUACUCGAUAUCUUGUCACUAUUACUCUGUUGAUCUUUUUCGUCGACUUGAUUUAUGGUCUCGGUAGCUCAUUGAGCCUGUUGAAGAUUAUACGCCACAGACGACAUCCGAUUGAAGAGGGAGUCAAGUUUGUAUAUGCGCACUUUUUCAUGUUGAUUAUUUUUGCAUUAUGUCCAGUUCUUACUUAUCAGAUGAGGAAAUUCCAACAACGACAGAAACUCGCACCAUUGGCCAUACGAAUCACUCUAGCUCACGCAUUUGUGACGUUUUUUCAGAUCCUGCAUACUCUUCUUAUCCCAAACGACUUGCCAGAAUGGCACAAUUCUGCCGAUCACUCAAACAUGUCACCACUUCAACAAGCAGCUGUAUUUUUUAGCACAUUUAGCAUUCCUGCUCCAUUGGUAUUUACCAAGGUGAUCUACUUGAUUACUGUGUGGUUAGUAGUUGGCUCAGGUGUGAGAACCACAUCUAUGAAAUAUGACAAAUUGGAUCAUUUAGAAUGA